AGGCAUGUGAGAUGGGCGGUGCCUGUCUCCUAGGAGACGUCUGGGAGCCUCUGAGCUGCCCCGCUGCUCUGGCGGCUCUGUGCUUAGUGCUGCGGGCGGCCGCUCGGGAGCUGAUGGCAAGCGGGCUGUGUGCGGCUUGUGUCACCCCGGGGAUCUAGUGCGGGACGAUCGGGGACCUCCAGACCGGAUACUGUAGCUCGGUAGUAGCCAUGGACAAUACCGCUCGGCAGAAAAAGAAGGGGCUAUUUCUGAUAACGAUGCUGUGGCUUAUGCUGACAUGUCUGGUUGGCAGAGGGCUUUCUGAAAUUGGAGAUUGCAAAGAACAGGAAUAUUUUGACAAUAGUGGAAUUUGUCGACCCUGCAAGCAAUGUGGCCCGGGCAAGGAGCUCUCUAAGGAAUGUGGCUUUGGAUAUGGAGAGGAUGCUCAGUGUCUGCCUUGUAGACCCAAUAGGUUUAAGGAAGAUUGGGGCUUUCAAAAAUGCAAGACCUGCCUAGACUGUGCCACUGUAAACCGGUACCAGAAAACAAACUGUACAUCUUCUACAAAUGCUGUGUGUGGAGAGUGUUUACCGGGGUACUAUAGAAAGACGAAGCUUGGUGGGUUUCAGGAUAUGGAAUGUGUGCCCUGUGGAGAUCCCCCACCCACCUAUGAGCCUCACUGCAGCAAAGUGAAUCUUGUGAAAAUAACUGCCACAGCAUCCAGCCCUCGAGAUACUGCCCUGGCUGCUGUUAUAUGCAGUGCCUUGUCAACUGUGCUAUUAGCCCUACUCAUCCUUUCCGUUAUCUAUUGUAAGAGGCAGUUCAUGGAGAAAAAGCCAAACUGGUCCAGCAGAUCUCAGGAAGUGCAGUAUGCAGGCUCAGAGCUGUCAUGCCUGGACAGACCCCAGCUCACCGAGCACACACACAGGACGUGCUGUCAUUGCCAGCAGGAGCCAGCACAGGCUUGUGGUCCUGUUCAUUUGAUUCCAUCACUGUGUUGUGAGGAGACCUACAGCUUGAAGCAUGGAUGUGUAUUUCGGUCUCACAGCACUCUCUAUGAUGGAAAUGCCGAUUCUGUAGCAGACGUGAUCCCAGCAUUCUUUGGAUCCACUUCACACUCGGCCUGCAGAGAGCUUGCAGAAACUUGGCCCCUUAUGCAAACAGCUCCUGGCAGUGAUAGCAGUCCUGUGUGUGAGCCACAUCCGGAGCCUAUAGCAGGAAGCGCAGACUCUUGGAAUAGAGAUAGCGGGGAUCCAGGUCUUUUCCACACAAGCAGUGUGCACAACAUCAAUGGAGAGAUUCUGGGGGGACAGACUUCAGAACAUCUUCAUCUACCAGAGCUUGAUGCCUGCCGAACAGCUGAAGAAAGCCAUACAGAGAAAGAACAGCCUGCCUGCAGCCUGGAUGAUAAACAGGAAUGCUGAAGGAUCGUUUGCACAGUGUUGGAUUAAGUGUUGGAAAUGUCGAUGUUAAUCAAGACCUAAUUCUGAAUUGAUUCCAUUGGAAAGUCUCACUUCUAGAAUAACUUUAUGAAGAGUGACUGGUUUGUUCAUAAUAAUGUGGUCAAACUGUAAACCCAUUUCUUCGAGGUGGAAUUUUUUAUCAAGACCAAUAAUCUUGAUCGCUGUACUGAAGGUCACAUUGUGGAUGAACCUGACUAAGAUUGCAUUCUGCAUCCAUGUCUUGCCGAUCAAUGUCUGGAUUCUCUUCAUAUAGACUGGAUUGAAUUAUAGAUCUGCCUCACAGAGGUCAGCCUUUCAGUUCCAAACACUGAAACUUCUUUCUGGAGCAUGAAUUUUACAUUCAUUUGAUAGAGGCUCAACAUCAUGGAGAUUAGACCCUAAAUCCUCUUAAUGGAGACUGAAUUGCAUUGAAGAUCCACCUCACAAAAGUGAACCAUCAACCCUUUUGUUUUUUUUAGAGAACAUUUGAGUAUGGUACCUGGAGGAUCAAUUUUACAUUCACUUCAUGGUGACCAAACUCUAGAUCGACUUCAUGGGGACUAAACCAUAGAUCGACUUUAUAGAUCUCCAUUUCAUGGAGACAGAACCUUAUAUCUACAUUUUGGGGAUCCAUUUCAUUACAGACUGAACCAUAGACCCACUUCUACUUUAUGGAGAUCUACCUAAAUGCGUCUGAACCCUGUAGCCACUUCUUGGAGUCUGAACCCUAGAUCUACCUAUUUACUUUAUAGGGGACAAUUUCUAGAUCCACUUAUUGUAGCACAACAUUUAAUUAUUUUGCUAUAUACGCUCUGGUAUUACUUUACUAUUUGUUAGGAAGUUGUGGUUACUUCUCUAGAUUAAAUAUGACCUCCUCUGUGUCCAGGAUUACCUGUUAAAUAAUUUCAUGCCACACACUGGCAAUGAAACAAUGGACAUAUUCUAUUGCAUCUCUUGUCAAACAAAGAAUAUCUCUGAAAAGUUCAGUUCAAACUGGUCUCUGAUGGAACACACAGUUGUUCUUGGCCAUCCACUAUUUACCAAAGACAUCAAAAUUACAAUCUAAUAGUACAUGCAGCUGAAAGUGUUGUGCGUUUUUCAGAUUACCGAAAAAAGAACUUCCGUUUUGUGUUGGACAUGUACUGUAUAUGCCCAUUAGCACCUACCUUCCUUGCUGUCAGGGCAGGUUAGAAUAUUAAACAUAGAAUUGGCUAUUGAGUUUACCAAAGGCACUUUUUUUUCUUUUAGAAAUGAUUGAUUAAAUGUUAAAUCAACAUGUUGGGUUGGCUAGGUGAGUUGUCUUUUUUAACUCACUUUUUACAGUGCAUUAUUGGAGAUUUAAGUCACAAAAAACAAUCUAAGCAAAGACAUAGGUUCUGUAAUUAAAAAACACUUUUGUGGUUGAGUUAGGCACAUACGUGAAGUGGUGUUUCUACUAACUGUUUGUAAGGAUGCAUUUUUCUGAUUCCUUUUGCAACGGGUUCUGCGGGGACACCUAAAUAUGGCCAUACACAGAGCGACUUUCAACCAAUCCCUUCUUAAUCUGUCAACAUUUACUCCAUGGCUGGCCCUGUCAGCACCCAGUUAGUUUAACAAAAGAGGGUUUUUCAAUCAACUUUUUCAUGAAGGAGCUAGGCAAGAAAAUUCUUAUUUGAACAAUGCCGGUAUCCAGUUGGAUAAUGGCACCAGUGGGAUACUCUGAAGGUAGCAAAAAACGUGGUGACAACCCAUUUGUGCUAGGACCUACCUCCUUUCCAUUAUGUACUACCUGUGGUACAGAAAGCUGCCUACCACUUCAAAUGCUGAAAGUGUAUAAAUUGCCAUCCGCUUGACUAACAUCAUCUAAAUGACCCAGUUUAUGAUUUUUCAAACAUGUCUGUAGUGUUGGAUCUUAGUAAUAAAUGUCUCAGUCAAUGUAUCCAGCACUAUCUUAAUUGGGUGCCAAUUUAAAAACUACCAUGUUAGUGCAUUGGACAAAAAACAUGAGAUUGAGGCACUGGGGGCUUUAAUGGUACCACCAUAGACUGAACAACACAAUAUAUAGAUAAAAACAGAAUAUUGUAUUAAAAAGUAUAAAAAAAAUCAAAAAUGUUACAGUAAUGACUCUUUCAAAGCAGGAUUGGUGGUAGACAGUAUACAGCACCCCAAGCAGAACGGGAGGUCUGAAACAAUUUGAUGCAGUGCUUCUCAACAUUUUUCACAGGGUUACCGCAUUGCAUUGUUACUCUUGAUGUACGGAGUUAAAUGGAGUGUGUAUAGUCUGCUGGGUUUGCUGUCAUUUGACCUGCCAUUCCUGCCUUCCUGUAUCCCCAAUUCAUUCAUUUAGUAUUUUAAGUAGCCCAAUUCGAUGGUUACAGCCUGGAUUAAGAAUUUGCUUUGUGGUUCCUGGAAAACAUUAAAGCUUGCAGUCCUAAUGGAUGAAACCAAGAGGAAGGAGCAUUUUAUGUGUUUUUGUUCCAUGUGAGGAAAUGUUGCAAACCUUGUAAUUGUAAUGUAAUAUAGGCUUGUGUGUAUAUAUACCCAUAUUGAAAGUGACACUUGACUUGCUCUAAUGCACUUUUGAUAAAGUUAUUACAGUUGUUAGGAGUUCAGAAAAGUAUUUUUAUUUUUUUACACCCAAUUCAAAUUUAAACUUGGAUCAUUUAGAUUCGUUUUAUGUUCAUAUGAAAAAUAAAUGUCUGAUACACAA